GCAACGAAAGGUCGCCUUACCUGUGAGCCUUCCGCAAGGUGCUCGCACUCCUAGCACCCUGUCUUUACCUUCUCAGGACAUUCAUACGAGUCACAAUGCCACCAAAGCCCGUAGCCGCAAAGGCAAAACCGAAGCCCAAAUCGACUCCCCAGCCGGCUCCUGGUGCUCGUCCUGGGGGAUUGAGAAGGCAUGGUGCCGCCCCCCCUGCCAAAGCUCGGGCCCCGGCUGUCACCACAACCAAGGACAAACCAGCUGCAGAGAAACCAAAGGAGCUCGAGAUACCAGAAGUGAAAAUAGAGCUCAAGCAGUUGGUCGACGUGCUGAUCAACGACACAGGCGGCAAGAUCAAAGAUUCGGGAAAAUGGCCACUAGUUAUUGACGAGUCCGACCGGGUGUCUACGUUCCUGCGAUAUCAGGACACAAACUACCUGAACGCCAAGAACCCCGGGGACAUGGAGCCUGAGAGGAUACGUAUGGCGAUCAUUGGGGGAAUCAGGUUUGGGAAGCCGGUAGUGCUGGACAUGAUGGACACAAACAUGUUUCAUGCCGCCGCCGACAAGUUUGACGUGGUGCAGAAGGGCCUUCUGGAGUCGGUAAUGACCAAGGACAUCCUUGUCGAUCAGAAGUACGUAUCUCUUGUGAAGGACUCGGACCCGGAUGAGUACACGGACCAGUCGUCGGCAUUCCGCCAUGGCAUGGUGGACGGCUUCAGGUUCUUCCUCAUCACAAACAUGGCGUCCCCUCCGCUUGAACUCAUGCAGAGGACUUACGUCAUCAGGGUGCAGUGAACUGUACUGGCCUUGUCUCUCUUCCGGAUCCCAACUUGUGUACGUUUAUGUUAAACUAGUGUGGAGGAUCAUGAUUUAGGAACGUAUGUCAUUAGUCCACAAGAACGUGCAAUUAAUGAACACGAUAGUAACUAACGUUACCUACUACCUUAGUCCCGCGCUCUGACCUAGUCAUUGGGAGGACAUGUACAAGGUCUAGGUAGACAUGAAAAUGAUGAAUUAUGAUUAAUUAACAUUUGCUUCUACUUUCGGAUCCCGCCUUGUCUUUGUACUAGUACCGUAUAAUGUAAUUGGGAUAUAUCGCGGGUGUAAAUCAGCGCACAUCAAUGUUCCUAAGUCGUUGAUUGCAGCAAAAUAUUUCUAACUAAUCGUUUUUUUUAUGGAUUGGUUAUAUUUUUAAUAAAAUUACUUUUUGAUGAUGAAACUUAGAUGCCUCAUGGAAUGAAAUACUAUUAUCACGGGUUUGUGUGUAGAGAAUAUAACGUUACGUGUACGUAAUUCUAUCUGCGCAAUAUCAAAUCUUACACGAAUUAAAUGAUGUUACAAAUAUACGAUUUCAUGAAAGACU